AUGGGCAUCCUGUCUGUCGCGUGCGGUAGCAACAGUGGCAACAACAAUGGCUACCAUCAGAGCUCCAGGCUCUGCUCCGCCACUGCAUGGCCCAACAACUUCAUGCCGCCGCCGCCGAGCUCUUACAGUGUUUACCCUCAUGGCAUACAGCAGCAGCAGCAGCAGCAGCAGGGUCACCAACAAGCCAUCACCUACAACGCCAACAAUAAUCAUCAGCAAGGUAAUUCAGGCUUUGUAUCCAACUUCAGUGUGGAUCCACCAUUACUACCCGCUCAAUGCUUUCAACCAAUAUCUCCGGUGCCAAACAAUCACUCUCCUCCACAAUUAUUCGAGGAGUCCAGAUACGCCAAAAGGGCCAAGAGGCGCACCCAGAAGAGGAAGAAUUCAGAGGACCCGCCUGAGGUGGGAAGUGAAAACAGUGGUGGACUAGAUCACACCAUGAUGCUAGAUGGGAAUCACAACUUCAGUAACCUGGGCCGGCAAAUUUUCACUACUAGGUUCAACUGUAAAGACUACCAUAUGGUUGUGUGGAAGGAGUUGACCAACAGUGAUGUUGGAAAUAUUGGAAGAAUUGUACUGCCAAAGAGGGAUGCCGAGGCUAACCUUCCAGCUUUGCUUGAAAGGGAUGGCCUGAUACUCAAGAUGGAGGACAUGAGGCUUCCUGUUACAUGGAACUUUAAGUUCAGGUACUGGCCUAACAACAAGAGCAGAAUGUAUGUCUUGGAAAGUACUGGAGAAUUUUCAAAGCACCAUAAUCUAGCGACACAAGACACCUUCAUCAUCUACAAAAGCCUCGAGUCCGGCAAAUUUAUUGUCCGUGGGGAGAAGGUGACUGGGCAGUGCGCUACCUUAAUCUGUCCGGAAUGCAAGGAGCAAGGCCGCAUCAACAACAGACAAUGCGGGUUCACCAGAAACCUGCACGCCAGGAAAAGAAGAUCGAUGCCUGCCGUCUUCACCUCAGCACCAUCACAAUGAUGCAUGUGGUGCAUGUUGACUUGUUACACAACACCUACCUAGAAGCAAUCACAAAAUCAAGGAACAGCCAGAAGCAUCGUCGAGAGAGUCGUAUCACCCUAAAUUAUCAUCGCUGACAUGUUGUACCAUUGGAACUGAAUUUCAGACAGAAGUACCCUAGGCCUUAGCAGCUAGCUAGCUGGUGAAUAGCUCUGGCCCCAUCGAUCGAAGAAAAACAUCUUUCCGGUUUUUAGACAACUUAAGUUUGCCGCUUUACCAUGUACCUGGUGUUCUGUUAUGUAUCUAGCUGUAAGAAAAAUAAUCUGUGCUGUAGUUUUGUACUUCAUUCUGGAUGAUUCCCAUAUAUAUAUAAUAUCGCCUCACCAU